UUUACCCUUAUCCGGCAAAUUCGCACGCCCUCGAUUGAUCUCUGUCUCCGUCGUGCAAUUCCUGUUUCGUCUUGUUCACGUUUGCUCGAAUUGCUUCUAGGGUUCUUCUGGAUUUAGGGUUUGGUCGAGUGCUAGGAGGAUGACGCAGAACGGGAAAUUGAUGCCGAAUCUUGACCAAAACAGCACCAAGGUCCACAACCUCACAGUACUCCAGCGGAUCGACUCUUUCGUGGAGGAGAUCCUCAUGACCGCUGCCCAUGUCACCGUCUACGAGUUCAACAUCGAGCUUAACCAGUGGAACCGUAAAGACGUCGAAGGAUCCCUAUUCGUUGUCAAGAGGAAUGCACAACCCAGGUUUCAGUUCAUCGUGAUGAAUAGGCGUAAUACAGCAGCUAAUCUAGUUGAGAAUCUUUUGGGAGAUUUUGAGUACGAAGUUCAGGUUCCAUAUCUUUUAUACCGAAAUGCAGCUCAAGAAGUCAAUGGCAUAUGGUUUUAUAAUUCACCUGAUUGUGAAGCAGUGGCAAAUCUUUUUGCCAGGAUACUAAAUGCUUAUUCUAAAGUACCUUCAAAGCCUAAGGUAACUUCUAAAAGUGACUUUGAGGAGCUUGAAGCUAUACCUACAUCAGUCAUGGAAGGUUCUCUUGAGCCGACAUCAGUUGCUAUGUCAACUCCUGAAGUUCCUGAGGACGCAUUUGUGAACUUCUUCAGUAAUGCCGUGAACAUUGGAAUUGCAACAAAUGCAGCAAUCCAUGGCCAGCCAACUCUUGCUUCUGCACCAGUUCCUGUAACUACUCAGGCAUCAAGCUUCAAUCCAUCUAUUUUGCCAACUGUUCAGUCAAUUUCUAUUCCUUCAACGUCAUCCACUCCUCUAAUGUCAACUUUGGAUAAUCUUGAAUCUGGAAAUGGAAGCAGCAGCCAUGCGACAAAUCUGGUUAAGCCUUCAUACUUUUCACCUCCUGCUGCACUGCUAAUGCCUCUAGUGCCAUCUUCUGUUCCAGUUGCUGUUCCUUCCCUCCGUCCUCCAGUAACAAUGCAGCAACCAUAUGGAACUCCCCUUCUUCAACCCUUUCCACCACCGUCUCCAUCUGCAUCUCUUGCUCCUCAAAAUUUCGAACCAGUUAUCACAAGAGACAAAGUCCGUGAUGCACUAUUGAGGAUUGUUCAGGAGAGCUCAACUUCCUUCUUCAUGGUGAAAGCUAGCUGGAGAGAGUAAUGACGAAGCCCAUAAGCCUUCCAGCUUUGAAUCAAUCAAUGCCUUCAUAAUUUCUGAUGUCCACUUGCAUGAACGACACACCAAACUGCUUAUAAAUACUCACUUAACUCACUAAUACAGUAAUGAGAUGUGAUCGAGUCAGAAUCAUUGUUAUCGACUUUCAAUGCUCUAUAUUUAUUAAUCUUUCUUUUCCAGCUGUUUCUUAGCAGCAUAGUUAAAUAGUUUAACUUGGAUUUCUGUAUUUGUAGGAACUUGCAAGCUGUAGAGUAAUACACUAGUUUGAAUGUAUGUAUACUGUUUUUUUUAUAAGCUAGAUGUUCGUAAUUCUGCUCAGACUUUGUUUAGCAACAUUGUGGGAGCAUCCUACUUAUACAUAUACAGUAACUAAUUGUUUAUCAA